AUGGAACAAACACCUGCACCAUCUCGUAUGCCUCACUCAGAGACUUCACCCUUGGUAUAUCAUGAAAUGCAGAAUGGCUAUCCCGAAAGGGCUCCUUAUAUAUCAUCACAACAUAUGAAUCACUCACAAUCUCCUCUGUCUAUUAGAACCAAUUAUGCUACUCCAACCUCCCAUUUCAAAGUUCAGAUGUGGCAACAGCCUAUAUUUGACAGUGGGGUUCAAUCCAUGCUGCCCAGUCAAACUCCAUCUGUAAUGUCCUUCCCAGCCGGAUCUGAAAUGUCAGCGAUGUCAAUGAUGGAUCAAGCGGAACUUACAGACAUUCAACAGCAGAGGUUUGACAACAUUCCUCCCGGAGCAGCUGCUAUUCCUCAGUUAUUACAAGUUAUGAGAGAAGGAACUGAAGAGGGCGAAAUAAUUCGGGCAUUGUACAUGAUUCAAAAAAUUGCAAAGCUGGAUCAGCGAGGUGAUUAUGAGGCCAAUAUCGGAACGACUGACGUCAUUCAUGCAAUAGCCUGUUAUUUACGUAAAAGAUCAUCAGAUUUAAUCGACCGGGCAGCUUUGAGCGCCUUGUUCCAUAUCUGUAGCAGAGAGCCAGGGCUAUCGUUAGUAUUUUCAUUCAUUGACAACGGAGGUAGCGACAUUGUUAGCGUAAUUACAAACAAAAUAGAGGGCCAAUGCUCAAGUGUUAAGAAGUACGCAAUCCUCAUACUUCACUCAGUACUUAGUGACAAAAGACGGCAUGAAUGUGUGGAAUUAGCAAGACGAUCAGGAGCUUUACGUAACAUUACGGGUACCUUGCAAAGGGAGCAAAGUGCCAAAUUACUAUCGGUAGCUGUCGAUUUAUUGAGGAUAUUGUUCGAAGAUAAUAAAAAAGAACAAUUGGAGUUCAUCAGUUUGAAUGGAAUUCCUAUACUCUUGAAUAUCUUGCAAGUCCAACAAUACGAGAACCUUCUUCAUUCCGUCACUGGAGUUCUGAAGCAGCUAUGUAAUCUGUUUGGCACUGAGCUGGUACAACAUAAGGUUCUAAUCGUUUUAUCAGAACAGUUGAAACAUCCAUCCGUGAGACUGGUAACACGUUCUCUGGAAACUAUCCGUAAUCUAUCGGAUGUAUGUUCACAAGAACCGAAUCAGACUAAAGUUCUCAGGAACCUGAUUCGUCUAUUAGGAUCUGAUAACCCGAAGAUUGUGUUAUUCACUGUCCAAGCCCUUGGUAAUAUGAGCGCCAACAAUGCAGCGAAUAAGACAUUUUUGGAAGCAAAUGAUGUUGUCCAUAACCUCCUAGUCAUGAUGUAUAGGAAUAAUAUACAAAUGCAGAACGCUGAUCAGUCGACCAUGAGGACUAUGGAGGAUCUAAACGAUGCCAUCCUGAUUAUCUUCCGACAUCUAUGCUGUGGUCAUUCAAAAGCAGAAAAGACCCAAAGUUACAUUCUUCAAGAGCCGGGUAUUUUCUUCGAUCAGCUCAGAACAAUGAGACCAGUCUUAAUCAAAGAAACAUUACAAUUACUCAACCGCCUCACGAAUCUCGAUACCAAUUUGAUGACUUUCAAAACGUUUGCAGUUCAAAAUGAACAGCAUAUGUAUGGAUUCAUAGAACAAAUAGUUUACAUUCUCCGUGUUUGCUGUAACCAGAUUGUCGAGAAGAAUAUUGAAAUCGAAAGAGUUUGUGUGUAUGAACUAGUAACUUUCUGUUUGUCAAUCUUGGAGUCUCUGUGUAGAGACAGAUCGAUAUUGGAGAGGACUGUGCACUUGCUAAAAACACACAGCUCGGCCUGUCGAGAACCUUUUCUACUUGGUGAUGUCUUCUUGCCCGUUUUCUUGCUUCAACAAACCAUCAUUGACAGUCCGGCUAUGAAACGAGCCGCUAUGAGGUUGAUUGUGAUUCUAGUAGCACACCCUGACAUAGUUUCAAUUUUCAAUGUUAAAUCAGAUCUGAGGUCCUAUCUGACACAUUACAGUAACGGGCCCGAUAGGGAUCUAGCGGUGUUAGCAGACGAGGCUUGUAGAAUCUUGAUGUUAGGAGGGUUCCCUGCGGGUAUGAACUGUUCUUCUUAUCGAGAGAAGCUUAUUUCUUCGCAUGGGAAUCCUUUCGACGGACCUGCGUAUCAACAAAAUGAAAUAAUGAAUACAGGACACCACACAAACUAUUCUCAUUAUAUGAGUAAUAACCAUGGAGCUCCUAGAGCCUCACCAGUUCCGGAACCAAUGGAAGGAGCAGGAGAACAAUUUCCUGGGAUGUCGUGCAUUGAUGACACAUGUAUGGACUAUCCAUUCGCUACUGUUUUCAACAACACAGCCCAACCAAGCCCUUUAUAUUCCUCUCCCAAUGCGACAGUGAAUGAGGUGAUGAUGAAUAGCCCUAAUCAGAAUCAAUGGAGUUCGAUGAAUCCAUCUUCUUCUACACCUACUCAUCCACAACCUAGCGUAUACCAGAGGCGAACACAUGCAUAUCCUCCUGAUCCUGCUCAUCAAACUUGGGAUGAUUGCCCUCCCAUACUGUACGGGCAUUCUGAAGUGGCUCCAUAUAAUCACGCUUAUGAAUCGAAUCGUAGACCAGAGAUACCUGGAGUAGACCUGUCAAAUAACGUAUAUCACCCGUCACAUCCACCAUCUACAUACUACCAUAGUCAUCCCUCUCAUAAUCAGUAUUACAAUCGGCGUGAUAGUAAACACAACACGUGA